UUCCUAAUACUUCCAGUUUGGCUCAGAUGAGAGCUUUUGUGUGGUGCUUACAAUGGCUCAGAUCAAGGUGUGUGCUUGCCAUUUCCUGUUUGGAUAAAGCUGCUGUUUUCCAGGAAACUCGUCCCCCGCUAACAUCCUUUGCUGCAGCGCCAGUCUGUGAAAUCGAAAGUGUUUGAGAAAGAAGUCAGGGCGUCGUCGUUUUCUGUGAGGCUCCGUUAUUUCAGAGGCUCCAUCAGUGAGGUGAAGUCCUCAGAGGACAUCAACAACUAUGGAGCUUCUUCCUCUCGUGUGUCUCUGUCUGCUGAGCUGCUCUGGAGACGCUGUCAGAGUGGUCGUGGAAGAAGACAGUGAUGCUGUUUUACCCUGUUUGAUCAGCACCAAGGAGGACAUCUCAGGAAAACUGUUUCACUGGUCGAAAGAUGGUCAGAAUGUGUUCCUGUAUGAUGCAGGCGUUCACAGUGAAGGUGAGCAGUUCAAAGGUCGAGUCUCAUUUUUUCAAGAUCAGCUGCAGAACGGCGACGCCUCCAUAAAGAUCACAAGAACAAAGAUGGCCGACAGCGGGACCUACAGCUGUGAUUUUCCACGUCAUCAACCGAGACAAACAUCCAUCAUCGAGCUUGUUGUUGCUGUCAGAGUGGUCGUGGAAGAAGACAGUGAUGCUGUUUUACCCUGUUUGAUCAGCACAGAGGAGGACAUCUCAGGAGAACUGUUUGACUGGAAGAAAGAUGGUCAGGAGGAGGUGUUCCUGUAUGAUGCAGGCAUUCAUUACAAUAACAGCGUUCCAGGUCAAGAUGAUCAGUUCAAAGGUCGAGUCUCAGUUUUUCAAGAUCAACUGCAGAACGGCGACGCCUCCAUAAAGAUCACAAGAACAAAGAUGGUCGACAGCGGGACCUACAGCUGUGAUUUUCCACGUCGUCCUUGGAUACAAACAUCCAUCAUCGAGCUUGUUGUUGCCAGAGUCAGAGUGGUCGUGAAAGAAGACAGUGAUGCUGUUUUAAACUGUUUGAUCAGAACCAAGGAGGACAUCUCAGGAAAACUGUUUCACUGGUCGAAAGAUGGUCAGAAUGUGUUCCUGUAUGAUGCAGGCAUUCACAGUCAAGGUGAGCAGUUCAAAGGUCGAGUCUCAUUUUUUCAAGAUCAGCUGCAGAACGGCAACGCCUCCAUAAAGAUCACAAGAACAAAGAUGGCCGACAGCGGGAUCUACAGCUGUGAUUUUCCACGUCAUCAACCGAGUCAAACAUCCAUCAUCGAGCUUGUUGUUGGUCGAGUCUUAAGAGACAGAACAGGUGAAAACAUCCCAGGUGCAGCUCCAGAGCCAUGUAUCAGGACACUUGCUGAUUCAAACCUCUGGUCUCUGCUGCAGUGUGAAGCUCACGGUGAUCCACGUCCUACAAUAAAGUGGCAGGACAGUGAUAACAAAACUCUUCCUGCUGAGGAGACAAAGAUCUCAGAAAGACGAGGUCGAUUUUACACCACUGUCAACACAACUGUGACCAAGACUGACAACUAUCGCUGUGUAGCUACACAGGAGACACUCAGCCAUCAGAUUGCUGCUGUGACAUCUGUGCAUAUUCAAGUUCCACCUCCAGACCCAGGGUCGUCAGCUGGAUUGUUUAUUGGUGGAGUUGUGUGUAGUCUUUUAGUUGCUGCUGUUGUGUAUCACUUCAAGGAUCGCAUCAGGCAAAUUUGUGCAUUAUGUUCAAGACCAAACAGAGCCAACGGACCAACAGAUACCUCUGAACGACCAAGUAAUUUAGAACUACUUUCUGUUCCAGAUCCUGCUGAAUUGAUUGAAAAUCAUUCAGCACCAGUUUGAGUCUCAGAUGAUGCUGAAUGACAGUGAGAACAUCUUGUCUGGUCACUUAUUUCAGUCUGAGGAGUAAAACCUGGUUUUAACAUUAAACUGAGUCUCAGGUUCAGGUGAGGAUUGGUGUUGUGUUGCAGCAGAUAGUUGUGAUGGUAGAACAGAAGGUUGUUUGUGUGACGAUGUGCAUGUAGCUCAUUCUGCUGUCAUCACUAUGUUACCACGGCAACAAUCUCUCCCUGAACUGUCCUCAUGUCCUGAACCUCAUCCAGAUCAUAGACAGUGAGAUCUUACAGUUAAUACAUUUAUAUAAAAAUAAAUACACAUAAUCAGUCCUCGUCUUUAUCUCACAGCACUCAGUCACAAAUAGUGUCCAAGUCAAGUGUCGGACUCAGAAUCCUGUCAGAGUAAAAAGACGUCAGUCGCUCUGACACGUUUGUCUGAUGGCUGAACAACAUCUGAACCGACUCACUUCCUGAAACCAACAAACCAACAUUCACAUCCACUUCAAGUAGUGACUGACCAACACAGGAAGUCUGCAGGGUUUGAACUUUUCUCUCAAGCUGGAUUUUAAUUCUUCACACAACUUCUUCUUUCACGUCUCUGUUCAACAGAGUUCAACUGACAGUAAAGAUCGUCUGAACGUA